CUAGAUUCCCUUGAUCAUUUACCAUUCCCUCGUGCACACAUAAUUGCCAUUCACAUAUGCUGUUUUCAUCAUCAUCCAUCAUGCCUAAUAAGAAGGCCAUGGAGGCAGUCGAGGCCCUCUUUGAAAGAUAUCGGCUCCUUGCGUCCCGACGUUCCAAAGGUCACAUUGACUUUGACAGCGAGGUCAUGAAAGGCUUGCAAAUCGUCGAUGCUGGCUUGGAUGGGUCGGUGACAUUUGAGCUUCUCAUGUCGUCGAAUUUUUCCAACCUCAAUAAUGUUAUGCAUGGUGGUGCUGCUGGUGUCAUCUUUGACAUGGCUACGACAUCAGCCUUGUGCCCAAUUGCCCGUCCUAACUACUGGCAGUUCAUGGGUGGGGUAACCCGCUCGCUGAAUAUAUCCUACUUAAAAGCGGUUCCAAUAGGUGUCAAGGUGCGCUUACGUAGCCAUGUAGUAUCGGUGGGCAAACAAAUGGCCAUGAUCCGGGGAGAGAUGACCUCUCUUGAUGGAAAAGUAACGUACUGCACCGCGGAACAUCACAAAGUAAAUACCCAGGUGCUACCAGAACAUAGCGAGGCGAGGAUACCAUGGGACGAUGAGUUUGACAGGGAAUGGAAUGCUAAAUCAAAUCUUUGA